ACUCAACACAAUGUCCAGCGAGGACGAGCACGAUGACAAGUGGACAGAUGAUGAUGACGUCAAGCCAGGAGAUGACCGUAUCCCGAAUAGGACAGCCAACCUACCGGACUUGGUCGGUAUUGACAACCCGGUCAUUCUCUCGGGCCGCCACAGAAGUGUUUCUAACGACACCGUGAACGAAGCGGAUUCCGAGUCCACACCAGUCAAUUCCAGGCGCAACUCCAGAGAUAUCAUAACCUCAAUGGACCCUGGAGUAUACAGACCAAAGCGAGGCUACUCUCGGACGCCAUCAAGGGGUACUAUGAUGACGGAGGAGACGACUGACAGCCGGAAGCAGAUUUUCGGUGUUGAUGAGAACGAGGAGCGCGGGAAUUGGUCGGGUCGGUUUGACUUCCUUUUAUCCUUGCUGGGUUACGCCGUGGGCCUUGGUAACGUUUGGCGCUUCCCCUACUUGUGUUACCGGAACGGAGGCGGAGCCUUCCUCAUUCCGUUUGUUGUCAUGAUGGUGAUCAUAGGCGUACCUCUCUUCUUCAUGGAGGCAUGUCUCGGCCAGUUCUGCAGCAGUGGACCCAUGACCUGUUGGCGUUUCGCACCUCUCUUCAAAGGUGUGGGUAUUGCCAUGGUGAUCGUAUCCGCCGGAACCUCUAUGUACUACAAUAUGAUUCUAGCCUGGGCAUAUUUCUAUAUGUUUGCCUCGUUUACCAGCGAGCUACCAUGGCAGGGCUGUAACAACUUCUGGAAUAGCAAAGACUGCAGUCUCAAACUGCCCUUGGUUAAGUGUGGAGAAGGGGAGAAGCUCUUGAACGGCACAUGUCUUGUGAACGGUUUAUUUAAAGGACUGUGGAACGACAGCUUGUUUACCAAUGCAACAGGCCGGAAGCGGAUAUCACCUGCGGAGGAAUACUUCAAUAAUCGAGCGCUGGGUCUGAGUUCCGGCCUUGAAGAAUUUGGACAACCUCGCUGGGAACUGGUUCUUUGUCUGUUACUGGCCUGGUUUGUCUGUUUCCUCUGCCUGAUCAAGGGUAUUAAGACCACAGGAAAAGUGGUGUACUUCACUGCAAUCUUCCCUUACGUUGUUUUGAUCAUCCUCUUCUUCCGUGGCGUCACGCUGGACGGAGCUGGAAAAGGAGUAUAUUACUACAUCGUACCCGAGUGGGGGAGACUUCUAGACGCCAGGGUAUGGAAAGACGCUGCUGUCCAGAUAUUUUUCUCCAUGUCUAUUGCUGGUGGAGGGCUGGUCACAUUGUCCAGCUACAACCGGUUCCAUAACAAUAUUCUCAAGGACUCCGUUAUAGUCAGUUUAGGAGACACGCUUACCUGCAUCUUUGCUGGGUUUGUUAUAUUCUCCUACCUGGGUUUCAUGGCCGACAAACUCAACGUAGAGGUGAAGGACGUUGCUAAAGACGGUGCUGGUCUAGCGUUUGUGGUGUAUCCUGAAGCGGUGACAAGUCUUCCACCUCCUCCACUCUGGUCCAUCCUAUUCUUCUUUAUGUUGAUUACGCUAGGACUCGACAGUCAGUUCGCCAUGUUGGAGACCGUGUUGACUGGUGUCCUUGACCAAUUUCCACAUCUUCGACCAAAGAAGACGUUAGUGAUUAUGUGUAUCUGUAUAUGUUUUUUCCUCCUAGGACUUCCACUGACCGCUCCGGGCGGUAUGUACCUGUUGCAGCUGAUGGAUAAUUAUGUGGGAGGCUGGACCCUCCUUAUAAUCGGCCUAUUUGAGAACAUAUGUGUAGCCUAUGUAUAUGGGGUAAAUCGUUUCCUAAAGGAUAUUGAGACCAUGCUUGGCUUCAGAAUGAUAAUGUGGUGGAAAAUCUGCUGGUGGGUCAUCAGUCCUCUUACACUUGUAGCCUUGUUCAUCUUCACGUUCGUGGAUUACUCCCCUUCUGAGUACGGAGAUUACAAAUAUCCGGGCUGGGCUGACGCGUUGGGCUGGGUCAUGGCAUUCCUCUCUGUAUUAGCCAUUCCCAUUACGAUGCUUUACAAGAUAUCAAGAGAAGACGACGAAGAUAGUUUUGUAGAGAAAAUAAAGCUGUUGGUAACACCGACCCGAGAAUGGGGUCCAGCCCUGGUUAAGCAUCGCCGUCUCGUGACGUAUGUAGAGGGCUGGGUUGUCGACCCUUGGGAAGAACUUGCAACCUAUGUCAACAAAGCAUUUGCCUCUGACAAAACGAAGUCACAAAGUACACUGUGGACAUCAGAACCGGUUAUCUCCUCUUACUUUUCUCCUCGUAGAAAAAAGGACUUUAGUGAUACCGAAAGUUACACUGCCACAGAGGCAUCAGAACGGACAGGUGUGUCGUUUGAGUCCUAUGUUUGA